UUGCCAUGACGAUGGUCCUGUGUGUCUCAGUUUGAGUUGGACCUGUUGGCUCAGAGAGGCGAACUGCUGAUGUCAUCAGGACAUCCUGGUUUCUGCAGCGUCUUCAGAGCGUCCAACCUGCGGGGGGCGCUGCAGCUGCUGGACGAGCUGCAGAAGACUCCCAUCAGCCACCAGCAGCGGCUCCACCCGCCAGACGCCAGAGGACACAUGCGUUGUUAUCCCGUCCUGCCGGCUGAACUCGCCUGGAUCUUUGCCACCCGUCCGGUCUUCCUGUACCCGGAGCUGCUGCCCUGCGCCAGCCUGGACCCAGCUCUGUACUGCCCCCGCAGGACGGCCGCCUUCACUGCAGCUGAGGACUGCCUGCUGGUCCUCGGCCUCAGGAACAUGGAGGGGUCAUGUGACCCAGCGAAGCUGGUGUCUCAGUUCCUGCUGAGGAAGACUCUGGUCCAGGUGCGGCGGAGGAUCCUGCAGUGCUGCAGACCAGGAUCCCCCGACAACAUCGUCAAGGUAACGAGCUGACCCCGCCUCCCCGCUACUGUCAUGUGAGCGUAUGG